AUGUCUCCCUCACCCCUGGAGACCUUCGCAAUUAUUUUCUUUUUUCUUGUACUGGGACUGACCAUCAUGAUAAUCAUGAUUCUUGUCAAGGAGUGGACCGAGUACCAAGCUAUGCAGUUUUGGCCGAAAUUGCGUAGUACUCACACUCUCGAUCUGGAGUCGGGCCUUUACUCACUCAGAGACGAGUUAGUAAAGGACAUACAGGAACUGACAUGGCGCCUUGAGCAGAUGGAAGCAGACAUUGGUCGCGGGAUCCAGCUUGCUGAAUACCUCUCCGAAUACCAUGAUGAACCCCCACUGCCUUGA